CAGCUACGAAGAGACACUCCGUGAGCUGAAAACAGAGGUUUGAGAUGAGACUGUGUGAGCUGCCGUGUUAUUUGGCCUUGUUGGGUCUGUCCUUUGUGCUAUGUGGUCGCAGUGCUAAUUCACAGCUAGAACCGGACCUGGACUUCCACCAUCGCAGACUUCUGCAGAGAGCAAGAGCGACUGGACAGGCUACACAGGACUGGACAAAGAAAGACGUUGAGGAACUCCUUUCCCUGCUUUCCAUGCCCGAAAUGGAGAUGCGCGAGAAUGACCUUUCAACAGCAGGCGAAAGCGAGGACCUGCGUGUGGAGCUAGAACGUUCAGCAGAAAGUUCAAACCACCUGCCCGCUCGGGAACGCAAAGCGGGAUGCAAAAACGUCUACUGGAAGGGCCUCACUUCCUGCUGAGGCCCUCACUUGAAGUUAAUUAACACCCUCUCCGAUCUCUUGCUAAGAUAACUGCUGUGGUCAAACCACAAGUUAAUUGGUUCAGUCAGUCAAUCGAUUGAUUGUAAGUUAAU